GGGGGCAGACUCGAGGACGUGGAGACGCGGCGGGCGGAUCCUGAACUCUAGCUGAAACUCAUACACUCUCUGAAAUUCCGACGUCGGACCAAAAUGGCCUCCUCUUCGCUGUACUUAACUUUUGCCAUUUUCCUAGUUGGGUUUUCAUCAAGUGCUCAAGCGCAGUAUGAAAAAUAUAGCUUUCGCAGCUUCCCACGACAUGAGCUAAUGCCUUUGGACUCCGCAUACAGACACGCACUGGACCAGUACAAUACGGAGAAGUGGCCUGAGACCGUUGAAUAUCUGGAAAUGAGUCUUCGGUUGUACCGGCUGCUACGCGACAGCGAGGCCUUCUGUAAUCUCAACUGUAGCUCCGUGCGACUCGACAACGAGAAGCGUUUUGCAGACUUUCCAGAGUUGCGUGCUUUCGGAAAUGUGAUGAGGCGGGCGCAGUGUCUCAAACGGUGUAAGCAAGGUCUACCAGCCUUCCGCCAGACGCUUCCGAGCCGUGAAACCCUGGAGGAUUUUGAAAAACGGGAACCCUAUAAAUACCUACAGUUCGCAUACUUUAAAAGUGAUAACCUAGCGAAAGCCGUAUCUGCUGCACACACUUUCCUACUGAAACAUCCUGAUGAUGAGAUGAUGCAGAGGAACAUGAACUACUACAAGAGCUUACCCGGAGCCGAAGAACAUCUCAAGGACUUGGAGACAAAGUCAUAUGAGACGCUGUUUAUUCGAGCAGUGAGGGCCUUUAAUGGCAAUAACUACCGCACUUCAGUGUCAGAUAUGGAGUUGGCCCUGCGCGACUUCUUUAAGGUUUACGAUGAAUGUAUUGCUGCCUCAGAGGGUUCUAGGGAGAUCAAGGAUUUUAAAGAUUUUUAUGCAUCUAUUGCAGAUCACUACACUGAGGUUCUGGAACGGAAGGUACAUUGUGAGAAUGAUUUGACACCGAUUGUUGGUGGGUUUGUCGUGGAAAAGUUUGUCGCAACUAUGUACCACUACCUUCAGUUUGCAUAUUAUAAACUGAAUGAUCUGAAGAAUGCAGUACCAUGUGUGGCGAGCUACAUGCUCUUUGACUCUGAUGAUGAGGUGAUGAAGAAUAAUGUGGUGUACUAUCAGUACCACAGAGAGAAAUUGGGUCUCACAGAUGAAGACUUUCAACCCAGAGCAGAAGCAGUACGCUACUACAAUCAGACAACAUUGCAGCUGCAGCUGUUAGAAUUUUCUAAAGCAAAACUCCAGCAGGAUGAUGAGGGCGAUGUUCUGGAGUAUCUCGAUGCUGAAGAGGAGUAGGCUGAUGAUUUUUUUCGUGCACUGAGAAUGAGAGAACCAAACAGUGAGAACAGAAACAGAUUGAAAAAAACAAUUUGUGAAAACUGUUUUUGAUCCUUUUCCAGUGUGAGUAUGUUUGUUGUAUUUAUUUCAGGUGACAAGGGGCCUUUUUAAAAUAUAUAUGUACCAACAGUAUGACUUGCAUAAAUGCAUUGAUAAUCAUGAAUGCCAUGUGUUGUCAUUGUACAAUCACUGUAAUUCACAAGGAUGACUCGGACCAUCUCGGUAGUUCUUUUAUAAUAAAUGCCAGUUCUCUGUUCA